AUGUCUUUCCUAGGAGGGGCUGAGUGCUCAACUGCGGGCAAUCCGCUCACCCAGUUUACGAAGCAUGUCCAGAGUGACAACACUCUCCAGCGGGACCGCUUUGUCGGGCGAGGCCCAAGCGGACUCGAGGAAAGCAUGCGUUCUCGGAUGGCCUCUAAUGGAUCGGAUCAGAUGAUGAACGACUUCAUGCAUCAGUCCGGUCAAAUGCCGCAGGCUUUCGCUAUGGAGCAACUUCGACAGGAACUCCCCAAUCUUCAGGGUCUGGCUCGACGGUCACCGUCACCCGGAUGGGCGGCAGAGUUUGACCCUGGUGAACAAGCCCGGAUGGAGGCUGCGUUCGCCAACUCCAAAAUGGCGGCACAACGACCAAAUGGUUUCUCACCACAAGACUUUGCUCGUUUCCAAGCGUCCAGCUCUCAGCGCACCUCGAGCCCCGUCACACAAACUCCGUCGGUGGUGAACAGCUACCAGAGACCAAUGGGCAUGGGAUACAUGCCGGGAAUGAAUUUGGGAAUGAAUUUCGGUUCUCUGCAAAUGCAUCAACAGCCUGAACAAUCGACCGACAAAGGGAAGGGAAGAAUGGUCGAACUGGAUGAUGCAAACUGGGAAGCACAAUUUAAAGAGCUGGAAUCACAACAGGAUAACCUGUCCGAGCAAGCCAACCAAGCAGUGGAAAAAGAACUGGAGGAAAUAGACAGGUCAGUGGAAACUCCCACAGAGACUUUCGAGGAUUUCGAAAAUGUAUGGCAUGGGAUCCAAGCUGAACAUGCUUCCAGACAAAUGACCGAAGACGCUACUGAUUUUGAGAAUGCCUUUUCCAACGAAGAUCUUGCGGCCUGGGACAAUUUCGACUCGACUAUGGGAUUGAACACCCAUAACCCCUUUGAACGAGAACCCAUGCUCGGAGAUUAUAUGUUCGAAUCGCAGAACCCGUAUCUCGAAAAUAACCAAUUAUCCAAGUCGGCAUUCGAACAAGGGAAGGAGAUUCUGGAAUCACACGGCAAUUUAUCACUUGCAGCUCUGGCUUUUGAGGCCGCCGUGCAGCAAGAUCCUAACCAUGUGGAAGCAUGGGUUCUCCUGGGCGCCGCUCAAGCACAGAAUGAGAAGGAGUCGCCUGCAAUCCGUGCCCUCGAGAAAGCAUUACAAUUAGAUCCGAACAACCUCGAUGCGCUGAUGGGUCUGGCUGUUUCCUACACCAACGAAGGAUACGACAGCACCGCCUACAGGACGUUGGAACGAUGGCUAAGCGUCAAAUAUCCUCAGAUUCACCCUCCUGAGAAUUUAUCCGAUGCCGCCGAAGUGGGUUUCACCGACCGGGCAAUUCUACACGAGCGGGUGGCGGAUUUGUUCAUCAAAGCCGCUCAACUGUCCCCGUCAGGCGAACAUAUGGAUCCUGAUGUUCAGGUCGGCCUUGGAGUUCUAUUCUAUGGAAACGAGGACUUUGAGAAGGCGGUCGACUGUUUCAAAGCUGCUCUCGCAUCGACAGAGACCGGCAUGGCCAACAGAGAAGGUCAAGUGCAUUUGUUAUGGAACAGGUUAGGCGCAACAUUGGCAAAUUCAGGUCGAUCGGAAGAUGCUAUCACAGCAUACUGCAAGGCGCUGGAAGUGAACCCCAAUUUUGUCCGAGCACGAUACAAUCUGGGAGUUUCAUGUAUAAACAUCGGCUGCUACCCGGAAGCAGCAGGACAUCUAUUGGGUGCAUUGAAUCUACACCGCGUGGUGAGCGAGCAGGGCAUGGAUAAAGCGCGAGAAAUUGUGGGUGACGGCAACGGAGGGAUCGCCGAUGCGGAAUUGGAAAGGAUGAUACAUCAAAAUGAAAGCUCGAAUCUUUACGACACGCUCCGGAGGGCCUUUACCGGUAUGGGCAGAAGAGAUUUGACCGAGCGGGUUGGUGCUGGCAUGAACCUAGAUCAAUUUCGGGCGGAGUUUGAGUUUUAA